AUGCACGGACUGCUUGAGCUGUCUCUGCAGCUACUCAAUUUCAGGGGUUCUUCUGACGCGCAAAAGCCUAUACUUGGUGAAAAUGCUGUUGUGAAGCCCACACCAACAACCAAAUCGUCUGGUCUGCCUGACUACUUUGUCACGGAUGAUGGCCACUUUGCAGGACCUACCCAGACUGGCGAUGCACCAUAUCUUGCGCAGACCAACAUAGCGCCCUUUGUUGGUGUCUCAUUUAUCCCCAACGCGCCUCUGGAGACGCAAGUACCUAUUGCUAAUGCUGAAGGCCGAAACAUCUUCCAAAGCCUGGCAAACAUCAGUCCUUACUUCCCCAACCCUCGCGGCUUCGGUGUCGACGAGUAUGCAGUUCCCCCAGGUGCCAACGUGACCUGGUUGAACAUGGUGCACCGUCAUGGCAGCCGGUACCCUGAGUUCAGCGGCGACGCGGCUGAGAUGAAGCUCGGGAAGAAGAUCACAUCCGCUGCUGGAAAGUUCACUGGCCACGGCGCACUGGACUUCCUCAACUACUGGACCUGGGGCCUCGGCGGCGAGAUCCUGGUGCCAAUGGGCAAGCAGGAGCUCUUCGACUCUGGGACUCUUCACUACUACCAGUAUGGUCAUCUCUACCCGAACAACGGCAGCAAGAUCGUAGUCAGGAGCACCACGCAGCGUCGUAUGUACGAAUCCGCCGAGUACUUCAUGGCAGGCUUCUUCGGACUGGGCUGGGCUCAGAACGCAACCUUGGAGCUGGCGAUUGAAUCACCGGGCUACAACAACACCCUCGCUGGAUACAAGCAGUGCAACCACACCAGCUGGGCCAUGGCCCGCGACGCACUCAUGGAGUGGGUAAACGUGUACCUCGUCGAUGCCCACAAGCGCUUCACAGACAACAUCACAGGAGACCUCGACUGGACCAUCAGCGACACGUACAACGCGCAAGCCCUCUGCGCGUACGAGACCGUCGGCCUCGGCUUCUCGCACUGGUGCGGCCUCUUCACGUACGAAGAGUGGGAAGGCUACGAGUACGCGCUCGACAUUGCCUUCAGCGCGGGAACCGCGUUCGCGUCGCCCGUCGGGCGCGCCAUCGGCGUCGGAUACGUAGAGGAAGUGCUGGCGCGAAUGCAGCAGCACGUCAUCGUGGAGCCGUCAGCGCAGAUCAACCUCACCCUCGACAACAACACGUCCACCUUCCCCGUCGACCAGGCGCUGAACCUGGACUUCAGCCACGACGCAAACAUCAUCAGCAUCCUCGCUGCCUUUGGCCUGACCCAGUUCGCAGAACAGCUCCCCACCAACGCCAUCAAGAAGAAGCGCGAGUUCGUACUCAGCUACAUCGAGCCCUUUGCGGGCCGGCUCGAUAUCGAAGUCAUCAAAGCGCCGGGCCCCGUCAACCCGGACCGGCACGCAGAGACCAUCUACCUCGAGGGCAAGCCGACGAGCUACGUGCACUUUAUCCUCAACCAGCGCACGAUUCCGCUGGGCCGCAGUCUGGCGGCGUGCGGCGACAGGGAGGACGGGUGGUGCGAGAUGGAGACGUUCCUCGAGGUCCAGAAGGAGCAGAUUGCCUUGGCCGACUAUGAGUAUGCGUGCUUUGGCGACUACGAGAGUCCCAAGUAUGGGGAUGUUACGGAUGGGAGGCCGGUUAGGGAGGAGUAG